UGGGUAGCAGUGAGAGCCUGUCAGUCUUGGCUGGUAACUAAACAACACAAAGACCCGUUUGUACGUUCUUAAAUACAAGCCCAUAUUUAUUAGAAAUGUGUUCAGUAAUCUGUUAUCACCCCUGAAGAGAGCACUGCACAGUAAAAGUGUGAGAAAAUGAAGGCACCGCUAGCGAUUCUUGCUUUCUUGGUUGGAUUCCUGGCAAUAGAUGCGAUUCCUUCCAGUCGCCUGUCAUGUUACAAGAAGAUUUUAAAAGACCGAAACUGCCACAAUAUCCCUAAUGGAAUGGAGCCGCUCAGACCUAUCGAAAAGGCUCUACAGGGCCAUUUCUGGGAGGGUGAAGGCUGUGAAAUUGUUUGCUACUGCAAUUUCAGUGAAUUGCUCUGCUGUCCAAGGGACAUUUUCUUUGGACCGAAGAUCUCAUUUGUGAUUCCCUGCAACAGUGCAUAGAGAGAUCUGGACAAAAUGGACAGACAUCAGGAUUUAAAUCCAGACAGUGAAACAGAAAUACAGUUUUAUUAUUACUGCCUACCAAUAAUUUUUCUUAAACAUAUAUUGAUGUGUAGUGCAAUGAUAGGACAGUAUGUUUAUAACUUGCUAAUUUUUUGUAAAAACUUCUUAGUAUUGGUCACAUUAAUGUAGGAUAUUUUCAAGGGAGCUCUAUGUAGUUUCAGGCACAAAAGUAAAAUAAUACAUCUUUUAAUAAUUAACAAUACAAUUAUCUACUGAUUAUACAGAAAUACUUUAUACAAAAUGUAUCACAAGCCAAUAAAAUGGCAGGUUAUAGCGAAUGCAGAUAUUUUCUGACCUGUUGUUUUUGCAGUUUAAAGUUAUAAACCUGUUGUAAAAAAAACAAUUAUUAUUUUUAUUAAAACUGUAUGUUCACUGUA